UACUGGCCCAUAGUAGGAAAGUGAAGAGGUAAUUAUUGAAAUAGCUAUACUUUGUAGUAUGAUUUAUUCUUGGAUUCCCCCCCACCCCCAUUUAAUAUUACAGUUAGCAAGGCCACCUUGAUUAUGUCCAAACGCACACAAAUACGUCAGAUAUGCCCCAGACCAAGGUGCGGUCCUACCCGUCAGGUGUGGACCAUCCUGGUGAGCCCAGUAACUGGACAGAUGCCGCAUGCAUUCCCGCCUGUACAAGAGAUGCAGUGGUUACAAGGCAGUGACUUCCUCCUUGGCCCUGGAGCUCUGAGGCUGCAGCUGUUGUGAGGGGACACGCCUGCGAAGUGCAACCUAGGUAGACAUGACGGAAGAAAACGAAGCAGCAAAAGACUUAAAAGAGUAAACGCCAUUUAUCAGUCCAAAUAACACUAAUGAAGCAAAUAGUCACUAAAGGCAACGCUAGGACGUUUUUAACAAAGCGUGACAGGGACCCAGACCUCGCAUGAGGGGCGGGGCGUUUCGUGCGUCAUGACGCACUUCCGCGGCGCGAGCUCCGCCCCUGCGCGUCCCGCCGCGGAUUUGAACGCUGUUCCUGAGGAGACAACGGUGGCCUAGCACGAUGCAGCCGAGGGUCGUCAAGCCACCUGGGCAGGAUUUCGCAGUGGAGCGCCUCAAAAGCCGCUACGGGCUGGGUGGCUGCCGCCCGGCCGAGUAUUCUGUUUCAAGUUUUGAUCAGACUAAAUCUAAGAGAAGAUCUCUAACCUCCCCAGAUGACUUGGAUGUCUACUCAUCGGGAGAUAAAAUUGAUUCCUUAUUAAGAUGGUAUUCUGAUGAAAGAAAGCAUUCCACUAUACCUCUUUAUAGUUCAUCCAAGCACUUCAAUAUGAACUGCCUAGAUGAUGAACUGGAUUCUUUUCAUAAUUUGAAGCAACGGGAAACAGAAGUAGAGUUAAUUGAGAAGGAUCAUAGAGUUAAUAACUCCAAAAUAACCAAGCAGUCUUUUAAAGAAGUAGAAAAAGUAGCCUGGCCAACUAAUUUUGCCUCAAAUUCAAGAAAUUGGACUGAAUGUUGUAGUGAUGUAAGUGACUCUCCUUUGAAACGUGUCAGUUAUCCAACAUCUAAAGCAUCAAAUAAGCAGAGUUUACUUCCAUAUCAGAUCAAUCAGAUAUAUGAUGAAUUAUUCCAAAUACAUCAGAAACUGCAGUGUGAAACUGCAGCACAACAGGAAUUUGCUGAAGAACUUCAGAAGCGAGAACAUUUUUUAGUUGAAAGAGAAGAACUGCUGUUCAGACAUGAAACUGCCUUGAGCAAAAUCAAAGGUGUGGAAGAAGAAGUUCUUACGAGAUUUCAGAUUAUGAAGGAGCAACAUGAUGCAGAAGUUGCACACUUAACUGAGGUUCUCAAGGAUAAAAACAAAGAAAGCAAGAGGCUAAGGUCUUCUUUUGAUGCUUUGAAAGAAUUGAAUGAUAACUUAAAAAAACAGUUAAAUGAAGUAAGUGAAGAAAACAAGAAGAUGGAGAUUCAGGCUAAAAGAGUUCAAGCUCGUUUAGAUAAUUUACAGAGGAAGUAUGAAUUUAUGACAAUACAGAGAUUGAAAGGAAAUUCCCAUGCUGUUCAUGAAAUGAAAAGUUUAAGACAAGAAAAAGUACCAGUUUCAAAAACAUAUAAGGUACCACUUAAUGCACAAGUUUAUGAACUUUUAACUGUCUUCAUGGAUUGGAUUUCGGAUUAUCACCUUAGCAAAUUGAAAAGUGAAGAAUCUGGGAUGGAUGGUGAAAAGCUGCUAUUUAAAUUUGCAUCUCAGAGAAAUGAUAUUCAGGAGAAGUGUAUAAAGCUUUUGCCUGUGAUGACAGAGCAACUACAGUGGAUGCCAUUUGUGAAUGCCAAACUUCAUGAGCCUUUUGUAAAAUUUAUAUAUUGGUCUCUACGGCAACUAGAAGCUGGAACACUGCAUUCAACUAUGACAUCAACAUUGAGGAGAUUGGGUGAAGACAUAUUCAAAGGAGUAGUAAAGGGAAUUCAGGAUAAUUCUUUGGAACAUUCUAUGGAGAAUAAACCAAAGACAGCUGCUUUCUUUAGGAGUUCCAAUUUGCCAUUGAGAUUUUUGUCAACUUUAAUUGUUCUCAAAACAGUCACUCAAGCUGACUACCUGGCUCAGGCAUUUGAUUCUCUUUGUUUGGACUUGAAGACAGAUGAAGGAAAAAUCUUAUUUUUGGAGUAUCAAGCUGUUCCAGUAAUAUUAAAUCACCUAAGAAUAUCCAAUAAAGGGCUUUUAUCCAAUGUCAUUGAUAGUUUGCUUCAGAUGACAGUGGAAUCCAAAUCCUUGCAGCCUUUCCUGGAAGCCUGUAGCAACACUCUGUUUUUUCGUACUUGUUCUGUGCUGCUUCGAACCCCUAAGCUUGAUCUUCAAAUACUAGAAAAACUCAGUAUUAUUCUACAGAAACUUUCUAAAAUCAAGAGUAAUAAGAAGUUCUUCGAACUUUUUACAAUUCAUCUGAUGCUUCAGGAAAUACAAAGGACAACACAUCCAGAACAUGCCUUUCUCUGUAUUAACCUAAAUUCAACUCUGUUCAAUUUGGGUUUAACGAAAUGCAACUCCCUGGCCUCCAAUUCAAGCCAUUAGACUGGCUUAUUAUUAUUUUAUAUACAUUAUAUAUGUGUUGCUUAUUUGUAAGAUUGCAAAAAUCAUCAAAGUAACUAAAAAUCUACCAAGUAAAGUUUCAGUAGCAUCAUUUAUCAUGAAAAAUAAAAUAGAAAAUUUUUUUUACUUUAAGAAUGAAAUCUAGAGGAGCUCUGGAAUGAUUGUAAUAUUACAGUUCAACUUAGGUAGUACUAAUGUGUAAAAUAGAAUUUCCAGAAUUAAUGACACUGGGGUUAUUUUUUUGUACAACUGCUUUAUAAAAAUUCUUAAAAUUAUGUGAUUAUUUUGAAUAAAACUGGUGUUUAUCUGGGAACAGGGCUAGAUCAUGUUGUUAUUCUGUUUUCUUAAUAUAUUAGAAAUCUCCCCCUUUGGAAACAAAAGUACAUAAUUUUUAACUAUCACCUUCAUAUUAUAACUUUUCUAUAUAUCCUAGAUUCACAGAUACUGAUUUUUUAUUGUGCUGUCCAUGAAACACUUUAGAGAAAAAAAUUUUGAUUUUUCUAGUUUAUUUUCCAAAAC